CAUUACCUCAUGCCGGCGAUCGCCCCCAUUGGAACUCUGGUGGAACUGCAACCAAAUUGGGUACAAUCGGGCUUAAAAGGCUCUCCGUAGAUAGGCUCUGGAGCAAGGCUUGACAACUAUCAACACAAAUAUGGCGUCUGUUCGUAUGAACUAGUAUGAACAGUUUGCUGCAAGUUUAGCCAAAGUGUGCUGAGAGCACACUUCCUGGUAUAUAUUCUCAUCGGAGCAGGUACUUUGUGCUUUUGAUAUUGCAGGAAAAAAAACUAAUACAGUAUAUUGAAAACAAUAACGGAUUAACUUGGGGAAAUAAAUCCGAAAGUUGCCUCUAGGCUCUAUGUCAGUAGCAGUAUCGUCUGUACAAGUGAGCUGGGAGUGAAAGCCAUGAUUGAAGACAAGGGUCACCAUGUGACUGACUACUUUGUGGUGGCUGGGCUAACGGACAAAUCCACACCCCUGGAACAGGACCUGUCAGACACAAAGUCUGGCGGGCCCAAAGCUCCAAUUACUGACCUAGCAGUCAUUAACAAGUCAGCUGGUGAGACAGUGCCAGAGGGGUUCACCUGCAUUGAUAGCACCUACAGUGGGCAGCAAGCCAACCUCAACCAUGGAAGCCUCAAAAGCCCGGAUCUAUUCUUAUGCUACAAGAGGGGCCGUGGGAAGCCACCACUUAUUGAUAUUGGGGUUCUUUAUGAAGGCCAGGAGCGACUCAUCCAGGGCUGUGAGAUCAUCCAGGCCACCCCAUAUGGUCGAUGUGCCAAUGUCAACAACAGCUCAGCCACCUCACAGCGCAUCUUCAUCACCUUCCGCCGCGCACCACCUGUCCAGCCCCAGAAUUCCCUGGCAGUCACUGACAUCUGUGUCAUAAUUACCAGCAAGGGGGAGACUCCUCCACACACAUUCUGCAAAGUUGACAAGAACCUUAACUGUGGAAUGUGGGGCUCCAGUGUUUUUCUGUGUUACAAAAAGUCUGUGUCUGCCUCCAACUCUAUCAAUUACAAAGCUGGCCUCAUCUUCCGUUACCCAAAAGAAGAUUAUGAAUCCUUCCCCCUCUCAGAGUCUGUUCCUUUGUUUUGCUUGCCCAUGGGAGCAAAUAUUGAAUGCUGGGCACCAAACACACGAUACCCUCUGCCUGUUUUCUCUACCUUUGUCUUAACCAUAUCCUCUGGCGAAAAGGUGUAUGGUGCAGCAAUCCAAUUCUACGAACCCUACCCAGUUGAAUUACUCAAUGAGAAACAGAAGGUGCACUUGGGCCUGCUUACCACUGUGGAGAAGAAGAUGAUCCCCAACAGACCUGUUAACACCAACAAGUGCAUCUGUCUGCUUUCCCGAUGGCCAUUUUUUGAGUCCUUUCGCAAGUUUCUCAUGUUCCUUUACAAAUUGUCAGUUUCAGGCCCACAUCCAUUGCCGAUUGAAAAACACAUCUCACACUUCAUGCACAGUGUGCCCUUCCCUUCCCCUCAGAGGCCCAGGAUCCUGGUCCAACUAUCUGCACACGAUACCUUGAAUCUGUCUCAGCCUGUGUGUACACCAUUACCUCUCAGUGGCGCAGAUUACAGCACUCUGCUGAUGAACUUGGGGUCUGAAAACUGUGCCACACUGCUGAACUUUGUAUUGCUGGAGAGUAAAAUCCUGCUGCACUCAUUACGGCCUGCUGUGUUAACUGGAGUGGCUGAGGCUGUAGUGGCGAUGAUUUUCCCUUUCCAGUGGCAGUGCCCAUACAUCCCUCUGUGCCCCCUCUCCUUGGUGGGUGUCCUCAAUGCCCCCUGUCCAUUCAUUGUGGGGGUGGAUUCCCGCUAUUUUGACCUCUAUGACCCCCCCCCGGAUGUGGUCUGUGUGGACUUAGACACCAACACUAUUUACCUAUCUGAUGAGAAGAGACACAGCAAUUGGAAGAACCUCCCAAAGAAGCCAUGCAGGAGCCUUAUAAACUAUCUGACCAACUUGCAGCACCAACUGGGCACUGUGAGGCAUACAGUGCAGGAGGGUUCUGCAGUGGAGAUGACGCCUAUUGAGGCAGACUUCACCUGGCACAAGAAGAUGACUGCAUUGGAGAUGGAAAUCCAGGAAGCUUUCCUGCGCUUCAUGGCAUCCAUCCUUAAAGGCUACCGUUCAUACUUAAAACCCAUCACCCAGGCACCCUCUGAAAAGGCCACUGCAGCAAACUCUCUUUAUGAUCUACAAGGGUUUCUAAAGAGCAGGGACCGUGCCCAUCAGAAGUUUUACUCUCAACUGACCAAGACUCAAAUUUUUAUUCGCUUCAUCGAAGAGUGCACCUUUGUCAGUGAUAAGGACACUGGCCUGGCCUUCUUUGAUGACUGCAUUGAAAAGCUUUUCCCCUUUGAUAAAGGCACUGACAAGGGCACAAAGGUUGAAGGUGAGUCUUCAGAGGAGACUAAACUGAUGGAGCUGGAUGAAUCACAGAAGAGUGAACAUACAGUCUUUGUCAUGCCUCCUGAACCCCCUGCUGAGGAGGCACUUAAUCCCCCUGCUCGCUUCAGUUAUAAGAGUUUCCCACAUCUGAAAUUGGAGCUGUUUCACUGCCCUGGAGAGCUGAGACCACCACAGAGCGGGAAAAGUGCAGAUGCAAGUCAGUCUAGUAGCCCCGCACUUGUGGCCAAGAGGACCAAGCAGGAGCUCAAGCUUGCAUACAAGAUGGCAAAGAGGUUCUACUCCAACCCGCUACUCUGGGCAAAAUGUCUUUUCAGCCACUGCUACAGCCUGUGGUUCACCUGUCUGCCUGCAGGAGUGCGUCUAGCCACGUCUAAAGAACGUGCCAUGCAGCAAGCCUACACCGUCCUCCUCAAGAUGCGGAGCUCUGAUGUGGAAGUACUGGAUGAGGUGUGUUAUCGUGUAGUAAUGCAGCUGUGUGGUGUGUGGGGACUUCCUGUCAUGGCAGUGCGUGUGCUAGUGGAGAUGAAGAGGGCUGGUGUACAGCCUAAUGCUAUCACCUAUGGAUACUACAACAAGGCCGCACUUGAGAGCCCAUGGCCUUGCCGUAACCGUAGUGGCACCUUCAUGUGGACCAAAAUGCGUAAUGUGGUGCGUGGUGUGGCCCAGUUUAAACAGGCACUUCACAAGACAGCCCAGAGAGAACCCACAAUUGUUACAAGAGCAGGGCAAUCUUACCAAGGUUAUGGCUCUAAAGACGAGUUACAUCAGGACCUUACCACAGGCCGCAUCAACAAAGCACAGAAUAAUGGGGGAAUGACUAGUUUAGUGGAACAAGCUGAGCCCCCUUACCACUUCGAUGUGCCUCUGCCAGCCCCCAGCAUAGUGAAAUUGUCUACGGGAAACUUUGACACUACCAAAGGAAGAGAUGACACUGGUGCCGGCCAAUUCUUCGCACUGCACAAGAAGAGUGAAGAAGUGUCUCUAUCUGAGAAAUACAUUCAACCAGCAAGGGCAGGGGAGACUGCAGUGCCGCAGCACCAUUAUCAGAAUACCUUCUCUGAGCGCAGCUGCAGUUUCAGUGCUGAGAGCCGAGCUGGCAUGCUUCUAGAGAAGGGGGUAGACAACAUUGCAAUCCGCAUGAGUGCUGAUGCCCGUAUCUUAGCCACAGCCCUUUCUGGAGACACCAGUUCACAUUUCAGUGCAGCCAAAGCCCUUUUUAAAGACUUUGAGGAAGAAUCUGAGGAUGGGCCUGGUCUAAUACCAGGGAAACUGUUACAGGACAAAAUUCCAACAAUGGACACUGCUACUUUAGAUGGUGAAAAAACUGAGAGGAAUGAAAAAGGCAGGAAGAAACUGCAGGAGGAAGAAGAUGAAGACACAGUGGUUGGGGGUGGCAUCCUAGAGAGGGAGGAUGUAGAGGUGGGUGCUGACCCCCUUUCACGCUUGGUGUCAAAGAGUGAUGAGUCUGCCUCUGUGACCAGCCAUGAGCGUCCACAUUCUCCUCCUGUCAUUUCCCGCAAUUUGGCAGAAGAGAUCGAAAUGUACAUGACCCUUCAGAGCCCUCUAAGCAUCAUGGCAUCCAGCAUGGAGCUUGAGCAGAUUCAGGAUGACUCCACCAACACUCCCCCAGCCAAGCUUGAGCGGAGAUCCAGUCUUCCUGUGGCUCCCAUGAAAUCCCUUUCAGACUUGUCUUGUAACACAGUACAAUGCAGCCCAUUGGCCGUCACACGUUCCAAGACUUUUGCCGUCAAGACAAAGAGCUCUGCAACCAGCCAUAGUCAGAGAUCAUCAUCUUUGACUAGGGUGAAGUCAUCCCAAAGUGGCUCUUUAGGCUCAGUCAUCAACUCUUUCUCUGGAAUGAAGAUGGAUGCCCUGCUUUCUGGGCCCAAGAUGGAUGUGCUGAAGUUGGGUAUGAAACAGGCAGCCAGUGUGGCUAGCAAAGUGUGGGGAGCAGUAGCCUCUGCCUAUUCCUACUCUGAUGAUGAGGAUGAGUUAUCCCAGGGUGGUGGAAGCUUCCCAGCCAGACUGGAUGAACAGCUUCUGUCUGGGGGUGGUGGGGAUAACCCCGCCCAAAGUGGCCCCAUCCCAAAUAUGGUGUCAAAUGGUCUGACACAGAGCAACACCAGCCUUGGCAGCAGCAGUGGAAGCAGCGACACAGGAAGAGGGACCCACCAAUCAUAUCAAACACCAGGAAGAUCACACAGAGGUCCAGACUGUCAAAAGUCAGUGCAAGGGUCCUCAUUCCAUGCUUCCGCCUCCAGCAUCUACCAAAAUUGUUCAUUGGAGGUACUUAUAUCAACCUGCUCUCAGUGUCGCUCCUGUGACGCUUUGGUGUAUGAUGAAGAGAUCAUGGCCGGCUGGACAGCAGAUGAUUCAAACCUCAACACCACGUGCCCCUUCUGUUCCUCGCCUUUCUUGCCACUGCUCCAUGCUGAGUUCCAAGACCUGCGCACCUCGACUGGGUAUUUGAAACCGAGUUCAUCAGGGGAUAGUAUACACAGCAACAACUACGACCACCCAACAAUCACAGGUUCAACAGAGAUCAAGGUGGUAGCUCCAUCAGGCCUCCAUAGCUUUACAGAUUUGUCUGGGAAGAAGCCAGAGGCCUCAGAGGGCCAAUCGCUAACUCAUAAGAGUGUUCUACAGGAGUCAGUGCAGCUGGACCCCCUGGGCCUGCUGGAAGUUGAGAAAGGAAAGCAUGAAAGUUCACUGACUCGCAGUAAUAGUGUGGGUGGUUUCCUGCAGAGCCUAGACUCAGCUCAGAGACCUGGACACAGUGUUUCCACCAGAAGUCUACCCAGUAGACUGCAUGAGGUCUGUGAUGUCCUAGGACAGAAGACGUCCAAUCCCAAACCUGUGUCUGUGCCUUAUCUCAGUCCCCUGGUUCUACGUAAGGAGCUUGAAACCCUACUUGAGAAUGAGGGAGAUCAGGUUAUCUACACUCAAAAAUUCCUGAGUCAGCAUCCUAUAAUUUUCUGGAAUCUGGUGUGGUAUUUCCAUCGUUUGGAUCUGCCAAGUAACCUGGCAGGCCUCAUUCUCACCUCUGAACACUGCAACAAUGGAGUGCAGCUCCCUCAGACAUCUCUGUCUCAGGACAGUAAACAAGUAUUUGUGCAGCUGUUGUGGGACAAUAUCAACCUCCACCAGGAACCUGGGGAACCACUCUACCAGCUCUGGAGAGCACUGUGGGAAAAGAAGGGGACCUUGGCCCCAACAGACCACCAGGAGACAAGGACCCUGCUAAAUAGUAUUGUCAGAAGUAUUCAGACCAACGAUGUCUUUGGCCCCAUUAACUUGCUAAUUCGAGAGGUGAAACGCCACCCGGAAGUGAAACGCCAGAGAAGCAUCUACAGAGAAAUACUGUUUCUUGCACUGGUGGCAUUGGGACGGGAGAACAUUGAUGUGGAGGCCUUCGACAGGGAGUACCGUCAAGCCUAUGAUGAACUUAGUCCAGAUCAGCUCAAGGUCCUGCUUCGCAUUGACCAGCCUCCCAGCAACAAUGUACAGUUGUGCCUUAAGUGCUUUGGAGCUCCUGUCAUCUGACACUUCUCAGCUCAUGAAUUUCACAUGUGGUUCUCACUUAUAGUACAUUGGGAGAUUUACAAGAGAGGAGGGAAAAUAGGUUGUUGUGAUUGGUGUUAGGUUUUGGUGUAAGGGAGAAAUUUUGUGCAGUGAACAGAUUAUUUCCACACGUUUAUAUCGUCCAAAUAUGAUACUAAAAAGGUACUUUUCGACCCUGUCUUUUGUGUAAGGUUUUCAUCUGCAUAGAUUUUCCAGUGUGCCAGUAACUCUGCUUAUUUAUCAUCCCCCUUAGGGUGCUUUUAAGUAGAAUUAAAUCUGCUGUUAGUCCUUUAAAGUGCAGAUGUCCAUAUGACUGUGCUUGUCCCAGCUUCAAUCCAUUCUCAUUAUUUGUUUAGCUAUUUUGUCUACAAUGGGAACAUUUAAACCAUAUGCGUGUAGUUUGAUGUCAGAAUGCCGUCAUCACUAAAAUAAUAACUUGUUGGUCUUAACAAUGGAUGUUGUGAUUUUGUUGUAAUGCAUUUCUGGACAAGCAGUUUUUGUUGUGUCUUGUAUUUGUUGGUUUAUCACAUAGAUGGGAAAUAUUUGAGGUCAUGGACAAUCAAUCAGUCAGAUCAACUCAAAAACAUUCCAUGAUAUAAGUACACAUGUCUUAAAUACAAAAUAUCUGUGUAUAUAAUCAGCUUUCCUUUCGUUUAGAAAGCCUAACUAUAGAAAUAUCUAAGUAAUUAUGUCAAGGUUAGACAAAAAAAAGUAUCUGUAUUUUAGGAGGUUACAGUGCCUACAAAUCAAUCCCACAAUUUUCACUUAACAGCACUAGGACUUAUACUAUAUACUUUUUGUAGUAUAGUACUGUUAGUACUGGCUGUUUUUGUACAAUACAUUUGAUAUGAAAAAUAUCACACAUUUUAAACAACAUUUACAUGUAAAAAUGAAUUCCCAAUUUUAACUUAAUUUGGGGGUUAUACGCAAACGACUGUGAUAUGAUACUUUUUUUUCCUUAACCUUUUUGUGAUUGUUUAUUUUUCAUUUUUAGCUAAUCUUUCAUCUGCUUGUAGGGAUUCUAAUAGAAAUAAAAUACAUCUGUCUUAGAAAGCAAAUCAGGUCACAUUGCAUCUUAAUUUCAAAUAUUUUAAUCAUUGAACAUAUCUUCAGUAACACAAUCUUAUGUUGACAUUAAUUAUUAUGACCUCAAAAACAUGGACAUUUUGCAGAUUGUAUUUCCAUAUAAACUAUACAAAUUGUUUCGUGUUUUCAUGUGUUGUGCACAUUGUCUGCCUGUAUUUACUUUUUAAGCUCAAUAUGUUACUAUUUUUUUAAACUGGAAAAUAAGCCUGCAUUACAUUCCUAUAAUUUCAAGUGACUUAGUGUCGAAACAGGUGCGGCAAGUGCGGCAUCAAGCACGGUUGAAGGGUAAAUAGAUUUUGGGCUUACUGUUCACUGAAAAUGUAGUGCCCUAAUACAACUUGAUGGGUUAUUCUACAAAUUACUCUGUUAAUGCAGAACAUUUAGUACAAAUCUACCAAUUUAAUAACCGAAAUGAUUUAGAAUCCAACACAUAUUGGCAGAAAUGUUACAACAAAAUAUAAUUUAAUGUAAUAUUGAUUGUUGAUAUGAUUCCCCAUGUAUGAAUGUAUUUACAUUAAAAUACUUUCCAGAGAAGUAAAUGCAACAUGUUAAGGAAUAAUAAUAAUAACAUGCCCAUCUUUGCAAAUGGUUUCAAUGAUCAUGUUAUGUUCUGUAGAAUAGAUAUGAAUAUCUACAUAACUUCUGGAGUGACCGAUUUGUAACAUGUUGAAUGAUUAAUACAAAUUAUAAAUACAAAUGUGUUUUGUUUAAAUGUAAUUAAAUAAAAAAUAUACACCCCAAAA